CCGAGCAGUAACCCUGCGUGGCGGCGCAGCAGCGGCGCCCUAGCCUAUCCUAUCCAAACUCGGAUGAAGCUUGUUCUUGUAUGUUGUUGUUUAACACCGCUUGCAUAUUUUGAUUCUCGUCACCAUUGAUUCUCGUCAGGAUAAGACUUCUCGUAUGUGUCUUUUUGCGGUCAGGCUAGCUACAAAAAAUUAUCGAACAAGCUUAAAUUUUAUGAAGUCACUGCUGAAUUUCAAACCAAUCGUGCGAACCAAUAUCCGUAGACCUUUCUUCGC